AUGUGUGAAAGUACAUGCACGGGCAAGAGUGUUUUCCAAGCAUCAGGACUUAAUACAGAAACACAACAAAAAGCCCAUUUUAACACUGGUGUCAUAGAACAAGAUUCCCAGUACAAACAACUACCACGCUCACCUUUCUUCCUCCUCUCUCAGUAUCCAAACCCUCGGCUUGAGGGCGGGAAGCAAGAGCCAGGGGCAGUCAGAGAAAGACCCACCUCUUGGGCGAGGGAGUUCAAGCCGAGCCCAAGGGGCGUCAGCCCUACCCCAGGCAGAGUGCUGGGAAGCUGCAGGUGCCCCGCAGCCGGGCAGCGUGACAGCAGAACUGCGUGGCUGCCCUUCAGGGUUGCCGGCCACGCCCCGGGCACGCCCCCACGAGACGCCGCUCCCUCCUCCGCCCCACCCCAGCCCCAGUUCCCGCUCCCUCCGGCUGCAGCUGCCCUGCCGUCCUACUCCUCCUCCUUCUCUCACCGGUGGCAGCAGCCGGAACAGGCCGGUCCGCGGGCCUCGAGGUGUCCUCUCCUUCCACGGCUGGAGAGAGCUCAGAUUGAGGUGAGGAGAAUCAAGGCAUACCUCAGAAAUUUUGUGGGCUCAGUAACAGACCACUGCAGUAAAGCGAGUCACACAUUUUCCAGCUUCCCAGAAGCUGUGAAGAAUACCUUCAAGAAAACAAAGACAUUAGCCAAGAAAGAGGAAAGCAUGAUACCUAGAAGCAAAAGGAACAGAGAAGUCAACAUGAAAAGAAGUGAAGGGAAAAUCAGCAUGAGAGACACACUCAAAGCCCAGAAAGAGCCAAUCCAUACUGGGAAUGGGGAAAAAAAGGCAUAGGGGAGUGCCUCUAGAGGAGAAAAAAAAGUGGAAUAAAUGGAUUACUUGAUAUGGAUGAGCAUUUUAAAAAUGACUGACAGAUGUUUAUUUGUUGGGUCUGCUUGAACUGUAGUGGAUAAAAAAAGGACAAACAAAUUGAGCAAACAUAAAACAAUAUAAGUAACUGAAAUUAACAUUAUUUGAAAUAAAACAAAAAAUAGCAUUUGCAGUAACAGCUAAUAUUUAUGUUCAAAAGAAAAAUUGUAACUAAAAUUCCCUUUACUUAAAAUUUGCUAGAAGAUUGUAAUGGACAUUUAUUCGUCUUUGGUCAUCCUAGGCCCUUGACACACUCUUUCUAUUUAGGAGGAAUUGCCCAUUCUACCAAUUUCUACCUUCCCAAGAAAAAAGACAAAACUUUCCUUCUUUCUUAGCUUACCUUGUAGCCAGGGAGCAGGUAUAUGACCUAAGCUCACCAAUCAGAUGCACCCAUAGGAACAUAGAUUGGCAUAGAUGUGACAGAGUAGAUGCCUUGCAGAACUCAGCUACCUAGGUGGCAAGAGACCUCCACUUCUGGAUGCAGUGGUGGUAGUGGCUCUAGCGAUGCAGCAAUGAGAAUUCUGCUGCCUGUGCCCAGUAGCCACAGUAUUCACAUUUUCACAGAACAGUUCUAGACUGUUAGUUGUUGUCCUUGGCAGUGCCCACAAUAUUCCUCAAUACAUUAAUUUUCCA